AUGGGCGUGCUGUUCGUCUGGGGCGACGCGGGGCCGGGCGCGGCGGAGGAGAGCGCGGCGGCGCCGCUGCCGAUCAACCCGCGGCUGCUGGCGCUGAAGCCGGGUGAAGUCAAGGCGUCCACCCUCCAGAACUUCACGCGCGACUUCCCAAUCUCGCAUGACAUAAUGGUGGAGAACACCAGCGACCAGUCGCACGUGCCGUGGGCGCAUCAUGGUGUGGCCCACAGCCGGGCCUCGCCCUAUGCGACCCACUUUGUGGUCAGCCACCUGAACGAAGACAUAGAGCCUGGGCACGAAGGCUUCUCGUACCGCCUCGAGUGGAGCCCCAGCGCCGUCAAGCCGCCCACCACCCAGGUCGUCACCUUCACAGCACCUUCCUACCUGGAGUACAUUAGUAACCACGACGACGGCACGGCGACGUUCCUCUGGUUCUACCUGACGCCCCUGGACGACAACAGCACGCGCGUCAUCACGCACAGCGUGACCACCAAGGGGCUGGGGCUGCCGCCGCUGGUUCAGAAGCUGCUGGCCAAGCGGCCCGCCUGGCUGGACCACUUGGUACUGAAUGAGGUUUUCGAUGGAGACCUGCCAAACCUCAUAAAGGGUGCCUACCACUCAAAGCGAGGGGACUCAAACGGCGACCAGUGGGCCAAAACCUACUACCUCCCCGCCACCGCAGACAAGGCUGUCCUGGUAAUGCGCAAAUGGUACCAGGGCCGCGGCCGCGGCGGCUUCACGGCCGCGGAGGGGCGCGCGCGGGCGGCGCCGCCCGAGCAGCUGCCAAGGGAGCAGCUGCUGGACCGCCUGCGCCAGCACACCCGCCAGUGCAAGUCGUGCUCCAAGGCGCUGUCCCAGCUCAGGAGCGCACAGCCCAUCCUAAAGGCCCUCGCCGCUGCCGCGCUGCUCGCCGCCGCCGCCGCGCUCGGCGCCGGCUGGGGCCUCAGGGCGGCUGCGGCGCCGGUGGUCGCGGCCGCGGCGGCGCUGUGGCUGUCGGCCAAGGCGGCGGCCUGGGAGGCGCUGUUCGUGUUCAAAAACUACAACCACGCCCUCCACUGA